GAGAAAGAAGAUCAAUAACUCUAAACGGAUGGGUUCAACAAAAGAUGGUGCUAGUUUCACUAAUAUCUCUGUAGAGGAGCACUUUAGCGUCUCCCAAUCUACUUCUUGUGGACAGGUAAAUAGGUUAAAAUGAAAAAUUAGCGGCGACUAAAAUAUAAUCGUUUACGAUAACCUAAUGUUAAAACUUAAAAAGUAUAGUAAGAAAUAGCGGUAAAACAUAGAUUAGUAAAGAUUUUAUACCGUUUUGUUGUUGUCCUACUUUAACUUACCGUUUCACCGAUUGUUAUAAUAAGAACCGUCCUAUACCGCGUUUAUCAAAAUAUUUCACCGAUUGGUAUAUAAAUUUGGAUUUCUUCUGUUUACGUUUAUAUUUUAGUGCAUUUCAAAUAAAUUUUAACUUCAAAUAUUUUACGUACUGUAUGUUCUUUUUAUGUUAAGUUGUAAGCAUAACGAAUGAUUUUUUUUUUUUUCAUCAAGCAUAACGAAUAAUUAAAAAUAAAAUGUUUUGUGUUUGCGUUUUGUACUUUUCAAAACAUUCUAUGGAAAACUGAAGACGUGUUAUAUUCAAAAAAACUCUUUUUAAGAUUUAAAUUAUUGUCUCAUGUAAACGCUAAAGAAACUGUAUUGUCUCAUGUAAACCAUAUUCACAUCGAAUGAUGUUUGCGUUCGAUCUUUUGAAACAGUAUGCAGGCCCAACAGAACAAAUUUCCACGGCAGCUGAGGCACUUGUCGGGAGGUCGACGACACUGACAGAAGCUCUCAAAGCCGCGGCGAUAAAUGUCGGUCGCAAACCAGUAGAAACCACCGACGUGGCUGCCAUAAAAGAGGUGGAAUCUAGGGCUAUCGGAGGCGACAUAGAAAGCCAUGGUGGUGUAACUGCUGUAGCAAGUAAGGCGGUUGCUCGUAACCAAAAAAUAGGUAAAGAAAAUGAGAAGACAAAUCUCCGCGACGUUAUUGCGGAGAUUGAUGUGAAAGUAACGAGAGAUAGAGAAGUGACAAGUGAAGAUGCAGAAGCAGUGGUUCAGGCUGAGCUCAAUCAUUCUCCUUUCAAUAAUAUUAUUCCUGGAGGUGUUGCUGAAUCCGUCACUGCAGCUUAUAAACUCAAUUGCAAUCCAUGCAAUCUAUCUCUUUGA